AUAUUUGUUUAAGCCUUAUUUUAUAAAUAAUCAAAAGAAAACGAGUACUUUAAACGAGCAAGUUCCGUAGAAAAUUGAUUCGUCAAUUGGAUAAAAUUAUAUUUCGAGGGCAGGGAGUCAAAGCUAGCGCCUAAUAUCAAACGGAAUAUCAAAAUCGAGGAAUAUGAUCGGCAAAUAAGGACAGAAAGCGCUGAUUUGUUGUCAUUGUCAUUGAACGUAAACAGAGUGUCGAAAUUUGAUUUGAUUUGAAUUUAAUUAAUUAAAAGCAAAAUGAAUCCGCUAACAAAUAUGAAAAAUGUGCUGAAACUCAGCGAACACGACCUGCAACAGGGUGUGGGUAAGAAGAGCUGGCACGACAUGUACCGCGACUCGGCGUGGAUCUUUGUGGCCGGCUUUCCGUACACACUCUCCGAGGGCGACAUCAUUUGCGUCUUCUCGCAGUACGGCGAAGUGGUCAACAUCAAUCUGGUGCGCGACUCCAAGACUGGCAAGUCCAAGGGCUUCUGUUUCCUGUGCUACGAGGAUCAGCGCUCCACUGUGCUGGCCGUGGACAAUCUAAAUGGCAUCAAGAUCAUGGAGCGAACACUGCGCGUCGACCAUGUGCUGGACUACAAGCCGCCCAAGGAGAACGAAAAGAUGGACGAGGAGACGCUGCGCCUCUACAUGGAGGGUUGUGCACCCAGGCCACAAAUGGGGGAUGUUAAGACUGAAAGAAAGGAACACAGAAACAAAUUUAAAGGCAAAUAAAUGUGAAUUUAAUAUUAAUUUUUAUUAAUUUUCAAAUGUAAGACAAACUUAAACAUUUUAUUUAUCAUCGGCACUGGCAAAGGAAUCCUCCUCAUCGGAGUCCAAGUCCUCGGGCUUAAGCUGAAUGGGAGGAUUCAAGCCCUCCUCGGCCAUUUCACGCAUAAUGCGACGCCUGUAACGCUCAUAGGCACUGCCACGCUCACGAUCCGUGUUACAGAAGUCCACAUCAUCCGUAAAGCUGUCGUGUGAGGUGUUAAUCGAAUGGACAUAGGGAUCAUGAUAUGUGUUAUACCCCUCCGAAUCGCUGGAUGUGACAUUUCCAUCCUCAUCUUCGUCGUCGUC